GCACUUGCCAGCUUACGAACAGUGCCCAGACUUCGCCGCGCUUUCCACCACAUCUCUUCAACGCAGCCCUUCCUGUGCAUCGUUUAGAGUACAUCACAUCCACCCGCCCCAUCCCCGAAUACCACCGACUCUCUUGAACCCGUCCGUUCGAGAGUCUAUACACCGCCUUCCCACUCGCCCUCACACUACCACACACACCCACCGCAAUCAUGGGUCUCACAUUUUCGAAGCUCUUCGACAAGCUAUGGGGAAAGAAGGAGAUGCGCAUUCUCAUGGUCGGUCUUGACGCUGCCGGAAAGACCACGAUUCUCUACAAGCUCAAGCUCGGUGAAAUCGUCACCACCAUCCCUACCAUCGGUUUCAACGUCGAGACUGUCGAGUACAAGAACAUCCAGUUCACCGUGUGGGAUGUCGGUGGUCAGGACAAGAUCCGUCCUCUGUGGAGGCAUUACUUCCAGAACACCCAGGGUAUCAUCUUCGUCGUCGACAGCAACGAUCGCGACCGUGUUGUUGAGGCGCGUGAGGAGCUCCAGCGCAUGCUGAACGAGGACGAGCUGCGGGACGCUCUCCUCCUUGUCUUCGCCAACAAGCAGGAUUUGCCCAACGCCAUGAACGCCGCUGAGAUCACUGACAAGCUUGGUCUUCACAGCCUCCGACAACGUGCCUGGUACAUCCAGUCGACUUGCGCUACCUCCGGAGACGGUCUCUACGAGGGUCUCGAGUGGUUGAGCAACUCCCUCCGCAAGGCCGGACACAACUAAGUUCGGCGGGCGCGAACCGUAAUGUAGCGAGUCACGAAAAUGCCAACCGUCUGCUAGCACAGACCCUCUUAUAACGAACGCCCGCCCCAUCGUUGUGGCAGAGCCCAGCCACGACGCAUCUCUACAAAACCACGGACCCUGAAAUGUAUUUGCAUCGGUGUCAAAUGUCAGAUCGGAUGGUGGAGCGGGGAGACACAUGGUUUCUCUUCUCUUUUUCACCAUUUGGAGUUUGUGUGAAGUACUAUGCCAUUUCGUUUCUGGGAUCGUUGGGAAAUCAGUUCUCUGGUUACUUUACGUGGUACUAUCAAAUUUGAGUCUCUUCUUACUAUUCACCGCUUUGAUUGCAUGUGUGUAGAGUGAUUGCAGUUUGCUUCAAAAUAUUCAUUGCUCCUUU